ACGCUGCCGGCAAAGUUUAAAGCGCAUAGAGCCUGACUUCCAGGGCUCACUUUGCAUCCUCCUCCUCCUCCUCUCCUCUCAACUCGCCAGUCUCUGCUCCACCGCCUGCUCUGUACGCUACCUCUCGCUCUCCUCCUCCUCCUCCUCCUACUCCCCGUCUACAUCUGCUGGCUGCACUCUCAGUCAACCUUGUAGGGAAGCGAUCUCCAGGCUAGAAGGCUCCGUUUGCUCAUUCCAACAAGGAAGAAGAACCCCAGACUUUGCCCUAUUUUUUUUUUGCUUUUUGUGAACCGGAACCCAAUCAACAACAAUGGAGGCCAUCAAGAAGAAGAUGCAGAUGCUGAAGUUGGACAAGGAGAACGCCAUCGACCGAGCGGAGCAGGCUGAGUCUGACAAGAAGGCGGCGGAGGACAAGAGCAAACAGCUGGACGAUGAGCUUCUGGCCAUGCAGAAGAAGCUGAAGGGGACGGAGGAUGAGCUGGACAAGUACUCCGAGGCCCUGAAGGACGCCCAGGAGAAACUGGAGCUGUCAGAGAAGAAGGCUGCAGAUGCCGAAGGGGAUGUAGCCUCUCUGAACCGCAGGAUCCAGCUGGUCGAGGAAGAGUUGGACCGGGCCCAGGAGAGGCUGGCCACUGCCCUGCAGAAACUAGAGGAAGCCGAGAAGGCUGCCGACGAGAGCGAAAGAGCGAUGAAGGUCAUCGAGAACAGAGCCAUGAAGGACGAGGAGAGAAUGGAGAUCCAGGAGAUGCAACUCAAAGAAGCCAAACACAUCGCUGAGGAGGCAGACCGCAAAUAUGAAGAGGUGGCCCGUAAACUGGUCAUCCUGGAGGGGGAGCUGGAGAGAGCCGAGGAGCGGGCCGAAGUGUCUGAACUCAAGUGUGGUGAUCUGGAAGAGGCACUCAAGACCUCUACCAACGAUCUGAAAUCUCUAGAGGCACAGUCUGACAAGUAUUCAAGUAAAGAGGACAAAUAUGAGGAGGAGAUCAAGGUCCUGAGUGACAAACUUAAGGAGGCCGAAACUCGCGCAGAGUUUUCAGAAAGAACGGUGACCAAACUGGAAAAGAGCAUAGAUGACCUAGAAGAGAACCUAAGAGCUGAAAUGGAGCAGAACGCAGAGACUCACAAAGUCCUGGACCAAACACUCCAGGAGCUGAACAGUUUGUAAAAUGUCAACAAAGCAAAGAAAAAGAGAACUCAGAAACAGUCCCUCAUACUGAAUUUUAAAAAGCAAAUUUAAACUAUUAGGUGUAAUUGGGUUUCUACUAUUCUAUGCUUAGUAGUGAGAGGUUAUGCAACCGCCCUUCACGAACCUCCCACCCCCUCCCCGACCCUUUUUUAUUUUUUAUUUGUCUGGGUCAAUUUCAGUUUCAGUGCUAUAGAAAUUGUGUUGUAAACAAAACUCUUGGCACAAAUAAAACUGAUGAAAUUCUUUCCA